AUGGGUGUUACCGGCCUAUGGACGGUCUUGCAGCCCUGCGCGCGCCCCAUCAAACUCGAGACCCUCAACAAGAAGCGACUGGCUGUUGACGCGUCGAUCUGGAUUUAUCAGUUCCUCAAGGCUGUUCGUGAUAAAGAAGGAAAUGCACUGCGCAACUCGCAUGUCGUUGGCUUCUUUCGUCGCAUUUGCAAGCUUUUAUAUUACGGAAUCUUGCCGAGGCGCGAAGGCCGACGAGAUGAUGCGGCGAGGACAGCAGGCAAGCUGCUGGCCUUGCAGAUGCAGCGGAGCGCCGAGGAGGAAGCUGAAGCGCGUAGGCAAAACCGCAAAAGACCUCAGGAGGAGGUUUCCGACACUCCGAUCUACGUGGAUGAUGCUCUAAUGACCCAGAAGGAAAGAGAAAAUCGGAAAUUCAAGAAGAAAGAUGCUUAUCACCUCCCGAACCUGGAUGUGUCGCUGGAAGAGAUGGGAGCUCCGAAUGAUCCUCGAAUCAUGUCACAGGAGGAGCUCGAAGAAUAUGCGAGGCAAUUCCACCAGGGCCAGGACAUUAAUCUUUAUGAUUUUUCCAAGAUUGACUUCGACAGCCCGUUCUUCAUCAGCCUUCCAGCCACCGACCGUUACAACAUUCUGAAUGCCGCGAGACUUCGAAGCCGACUGAGAAUGGGUUAUUCCAAAGAGCAGCUAGACACGAUGUUUCCGAACCGCAUGGCAUUUUCAAAAUUCCAGAUCGACCGAGUUAAAGAACGCAAUGACCUGACACAACGAUUAAUGAACAUAAAUGGCAUGAAUGGCGAAGAAGCAUUCUACAACUCUGGCAAACGUAUCGCCGGUGAACGCGGUAAAGAGUACGUUCUCGUCAGAGACAGCGAACACGAAGGCGGUUGGGUUUUAGGCGUGGUGGGAAAUAAAUAUGAAGGUUAUGAGGACAAACCGAUCGAUGUGGAUCGGUAUGGCCUUCAAGACGAAUUGUCGGGCUCCGAUGGUCUGUCAGAGGAUGAUGAGUUCGAGGAUGUGCCUAUCGAAGGAGUGAACCGACUUCCAAAGCUCCAAUUUCUCGAAAACGGUGUUUUCGACCGAUCUCUACUGCAGGCCCGCGAGGACCUGGAUUUGCAAAGAGCUCUUCAAGAAUCACAACAACAUGAGGAUGAGGAUGCACUUUUCGUUCGAGACAGCAACGUUCCUGAACAAACAAAAGAUCUUGAUGACAUGUUUGAGGACGAAGAUGAUGAGUUGGCCAAAGCUAUUGCUCUUUCACUAGAGCCAAAUCAAGGCCGUGAUACGGAGAUGCCUGACGUGCCUAUAAACCGGCAAACACACGACACGUCACAUGUCGAGUCCAUUCUGGAUCCGACGGCGAGUGACACUGACGACGACGGGAUGGAUUUUGCCGCUGCUGUGGCUCAGACUAAGGUCUCAAAGAAGCCCGAGACCCUGAAUCCAUACUCCGGACCGUUACCCUUCGAGUCCAUUUCACUCAAAAAAGUGAACAAGCCCCAUGAAGGCUCAAGUACUCUCGACGACCAAGCCGGAGGGUUCCUCACAGAAUCCCAGCCGACGGAGAAGAAGAAGAAGAAGAAGAAUGAACCUCUGCCUCCUUGGUUCGCUGGCGAACAAUCGAAGAUGGAUCCCGUAGAUCCAGCGCCUGGGUACUUUGCUAAAGAUAAAGAUACAGGGCCGGAAGUAAAGGAAAUCCAGCCCUUCACAUUCGGUCCACGCUUCCCUGAAAUUGUUGAUCUUGACGAUGCUUCGGACACAAAAUCAGAUACCAAGGAAGUCAUAGCCCUGGAUGACGAUGUAGAGGUUCAGGCUGAAACCCCAGCGCCCUCGAAUAAAGGUGUGGUUCAGACGCAGAACAUGACCAAGAGCGAUAUUGAACCUCCUGCGCCCAAGGCUUUGGAUGCAGUUACUCCUCAUGAAUCCCAUAUCGAGAUACCGCCCCCUACCAUAGAAACGCCUCGUCCAAAAGAGCCAGAACAAGUUGAAUCAUCCCCAGAACCACAAUUCGAAGACGAGGCAAACGAAGAUCAUCAAAUUCCGCAGGAGACAUUUGAUCAAGAUUUUGGCGAAUUCAGCGACCCAGAAGAUGAAGACCUUAUGCAACAGCUUGCAGCCGAAGGGGAAGAGCACAUACGAUUUGCGAAGACCCUCAAUUCUGCCGCUCUGGACCAAAGUGCUUUCGAUUACGAAGCGGAGCUCAAGCAAUUACGAAAUCAGCAGUCAAAGGACAGACGUGAUGCAGAUGAAGUGACCCAAAUUAUGAUCAACGAGUGCCAGCAACUGUUGCGGCUGUUUGGGCUACCCUAUAUCACUGCUCCUAUGGAGGCUGAAGCUCAAUGCGCAGAGCUUGUGUCCCUGGGUCUUGUUGAUGGCAUUGUAACCGACGAUAGCGACACCUUCCUUUUCGGUGGUACGCGCGUCUACAAAAACAUGUUCAACCAGAGCAAGUACGUAGAGUGCUAUCUGACUUCUGACUUUGAAAAGGAGUUUGCUCUGCAUCGGCGCAAGCUUAUCAGCUUCGCUCAUUUGCUAGGCAGUGAUUAUACAGAGGGAGUGCAAGGAAUCGGGCCUGUGACCGCACUCGAAAUAGUGACUGAGUUCCCAGACCUCCAAGAGUUCCGCGAGUGGUGGACACAAGUUCAAAUGGGUGUGGAUAUCCCUGAUGAUUCCCACGCAGCCUUCAAGAAGAAAUUCCGCAAGAAGGCAUCGAAGAUAUUCUUACCUCCCUCUUUCCCCGAUAUGCGAGUCGAGGAGGCCUACCUCGCGCCUGAGGUGGACUCAGAUACAUCUCCCUUCAAGUGGGGAAUACCCGACAUGAAUGGUCUGCGGCAAUUUUUGAUGACGACUAUCGGAUGGAGCCCAGAGCGCACUGACGAGAUUCUUGUCCCCGUGAUCCGAGAUAUGAAUCGCAGAGGCCAGGAGGGCACGCAGGCAAACAUUACCCAAUUCUUCCAAGGACCCCAGGGCGCAGGUGCCUUUGCACCGCGGGCCCGGACAGGUGGCCCUAGUCGGAUGGAGAAGGCUUUUGGUCGCCUUCGGAAUGAGGCGCAACAGGCUCGUGAUGUAUCAUCACGUCAUGAUGAAACGGUUGAUGCCUUGGAGACCACAGAGCAAACACAAGCAGCCGCCCCUGCGAAGGCUAAGCGAUCCAAGUCAAACAAGCAGGGUACAAGUGACGGGAACAAAAAACGCAAGACCCGUGCAACCUCUGAAAUGUCGUCGUAG